UUAUUUUCGGGGAAGAAAUAUCUCACAACGAACAAUUCCACAAAUACAUGUCAAGAAAACAAUUCCACAAACAAACGUAUACCACCAGUUUCAAGAUAAUAUGAGAUCAACUUGGAGUUCUAUAUAGUCUUUAUCUUCAACCUUAUUACGUACAACCCAACCAUUCAUUUGUAGACAUGUCUUUUGCAGUAACAACAAUAAUAUUUGCUUUUCUUCUCUUCACUUUCAUGUACUUUCUAUUCAAACUCUUCUUACAUUCAAAACAAAAAACCAUUAUCCAUGAAAAACCACCAGGUCCACCAACACUACCAAUAAUAGGGAACCUUCACAUAUUAGGCACCCUUCCACAUAGAACACUUCAGUCACUCUCCAAAAAAUAUGGUCCAAUCAUGUCCUUACAACUUGGUCAAGUCCCAGCUAUUGUCAUUUCAUCUUCAAAAGCAGCAGAAUCAUUCCUCAAAACCCACGACAUCGUUUUCGCAAGCCGACCAAAGAUUCAAGGAUCUGAGCUCAUGUCUUAUGGUUCCAAAGGGAUGGCUUUUUGUGAGUAUGGUCCUUAUUGGCGUAGUGUGAGGAAAUUUUGCACUUUGAAACUUCUUAGUGCUUCAAAAGUUGAGAUGUCUGGUCCUAUUAGAAAAGAGGAGUUGAGUAUUUUGGUUAACACUUUGAAGAAAGCUGCUUUGGUUGGUGAGGUUGUGAAUGUUAGUGAGGUUGUAGAGAAUCUAAUAGAAGAUAUUGUGUAUAAGUUGAUGUUUGGUCGGAGUAAGUAUGAGCAAUUUGACUUGAAGAGUUUGGUUCAAGAAGGAUUGGCUUUGAUUGGAGCUUUUAAUCUGGCUGAUUAUGUUCCUUGGCUAGGAAUUUUUGAUCUUCAGGGAUUAACAAAAUCUUGCAAGAAAGUCAGUAAAGCACUUGAUGAGGUGCUAGAGGUGAUAUUAACAGAACAUGAACAAGCUGCUAAUGUAAACAAAACUCAAAAAGAUUUUGUAGACAUACUUCUUUCAAUUAUGCACCAAACCAUUGAUAUUGAGGGUGAACAAAAUCUCGUCAUUGAUCGAACUAACAUCAAGGCUAUUUUGCUCGACAUGAUAGUGGCAGCAAUUGAUACAUCUGCUACCUCGAUUGAAUGGGCUUUAUCUGAACUUUUAAGACAUCCAAGAGUGAUGAAAAAGCUUCAAGAUGAGAUACAAAAUGAAGUAGGAAAUAAAAGAAUGGUUAACGAGAAGGAUCUAAAGAAGUUGAAUUAUUUAGAUAUGGUGGUUGAUGAGACCUUAAGACUUUACCCCGUAGCACCGUUACUAGUCCCUCGUGAAUCUAGAGAGAGCACAACAAUUGAUGGUUAUUUUAUAAAGGAAAAGACACGACUUAUAGUAAAUGCAUGGGCAAUAGGGAGAGAUCCUAAUGUUUGGUCAGAAAAUGCUAAAGAAUUUUACCCAGAGAGAUUUGUAGAGAAAAAAAUGAAUUAUCUUGGACAAGAGUUUGAAUCUAUACCAUUUGGUUCUGGUCGUAGGCGUUGUCCUGGAAUUCAAUUGGGUUUAAUUACUGUUAAAUUGGUUAUAGCUCAAUUUAUCCAUUGUUUUAACUGGGAACUUCCACAUAAUAUUAGUCCCUCCAAUUUGAAUAUGGAGGAGAAAUUUGGACUCACUAUACCAAGAGCUCAGCAUUUGCACGCAAUACCGAGUUAUCGUUUGAAUGAUGCUAAGCUUGAAUAGUUUCAAGAACAAUAUUAUGUUGUGUAACAAGUUUAUUGCUAGUAAAAAUGCCAAGUAUUGUACGUCUAGUAAUGAUGUUCGUGUAAAAUAAGUUAAUGUAUAUUACUUAUUUAUAUAUGUUAACAGCCGACAUUUGAGUCUCCAUUGAACAUGGAGGUCAUUGAAAUGAAUAAUACACGCCCAUCACAGGCCUUCAUGAUCAA